ACACAGUCAGAGUUAUAACUUGGACCUGUUCACUGCUCUGAGAAGGCAAAAGAAGAAAGAGAGUCUCUUGUGUCAGAAGAGUGACUGCGGAUGAGUUCUAAAGUUCAGAAAAUAGAAUUAAAUGAUGGCCACUCCAUUCCUGUGCUGGGCUUUGGUACCUAUGCAACUGAAGAGCAUCUUAAGAAAAAGUCUAUGGAUUCCACCAAAAUAGCUAUAGAUGUUGGGUUCCGCCAUAUUGAUUGUUCUUACUUAUACCAAAAUGAAGAAGAAAUAGGCCAGGCCAUUCUAAGCAAGAUUGAAGAUGGCACUGUGAAAAGGGAAGAUAUAUUCUAUACUUCAAAGCUUUGGUCAACUUCCCAUCGUCCAGAGUUGGUCAGACCCAGCUUGGAAUGUUCACUGAGGAAACUUAACAUGGACUAUGUGGACCUCUAUCUCAUUCACUUCCCAGUGUCUCUAAAGCCAGGGGAUGAGCUGUUUCCGUGGGAUGAGCAUGGAAAGUUACUACUUGACACAGUGGAUCUCUGUGAGACUUGGGAGGCCAUGGAGAAGUGUAAGGAUGCAGGACUAGCUAAGUCCAUCGGGGUGUCCAACUUUAACCGCAGGCAGCUGGAGAUGAUCCUGAACAAGCCAGGGCUCAAGUACAAGCCUGUGUGCAACCAGGUAGAAUGUCAUCCUUAUCUGAACCAGAGCCAACUGCUGGAUUACUGCAAGAUGAAUGACAUCAUUCUGGUCGCCUAUGGUGCCCUGGGAACUCAGAGAUACAAAUAUUGUAUUAAGGAGGAUACCCCAUUUCUCUUGGAUGAUCCAGUUCUUUGUGCCAUGGCAAAGAAGUAUAAGCGGACUCCAGCCCUGAUUGCCCUUCGCUACCAGCUGGAGCGUGGGGUUGUGGUCCUGGCCAAGAGCUUCAGUGAGGAGCGCAUCAGAGAGAACAUGCAGGUCUUUGAUUUCCAAUUGGCUUCAGAUGACAUGAAAAUUUUGGAUGACCUGAACAAAAAUCUUCGGUACUUUCCCGCUGAUAUGUUUAAAGCUCACCCUAACUUUCCAUUCUUUGAUGAGUAUUAGCAUGGAUGCCUUUGCCACCAGUUCUGUUAGAAGCUAUUUUGUGUGAUGUUGGAAUCUCGGAUUCAGAUAGCUGGACACAUACCUCCUCCCCAUGCUGCUUAGCAACGCACCCCUGUAUUGACCUAUAACAGAACAUCUUGGAGCAAAAUCACUA